AUGGGGGCUUGUUAAAUGAAAUCAAAAUAAAAAACAAACGAAGACUAACCUUAAUCUUCCACAACCAGAAAAAGUGAUUAAGUAUUUACUUUAAACAAUCCUUCUUUGAUCAUAUAAACAGCAACUCCAAAUUUAGAGAAUAUCAAUGAACCUUAUGAAGAAACCAAAAAACAAUUAAGAAAAAUAAAAGAAAAUUAAUGUUCCUAUAUACGAUAUUAUACAAGAAUCCAAUAAGGAAACUAGAAAUGUAAGUUAUAUAAAUUAUAUAAUUUAGUACUUAAUCAUUAGUAGUUGGUUUAACAUAAUUUAACAGGAAAAAUCCGAAUCGUUGAGGUUUAUGAAAGAAAUUCAAUUAAUGAAUAAUUUUUAACAGAACUUGAAUCAUUAGUAUUGAUUUAUUUAUAUGUAGGAUCACCCUAAAAUUAUAACAGUACAUGAAGUAUUUAUUACUGAAGAGUCGUUUUAGAUAGUUUUAGAUUAUUGUAGUGGAGGACAACUUUCUGACUAUUGUUCAGAUAAGUCAAUUGUGCCAUUUUCAGAGUCUGAUAUUGCUUCUAUAAUAUAUUAAUGUGCUGAAGUACUUCAAUAUUUAUAAAAUAUUGGAAGAACCCAUGGUCAUCUUACUCUUAAUUGCUUUUCAAGAAUAGACACUUCUAAUGAUAUCUAAAUUAAAUUCACAGACAUUAGAGGACUUUAUAUUAAACAUCAAAUCAAUAAUAUCAAUAUAUAUACUCUUGCUCCAGAGAUUUUUAAUUCAACUGAUGAUUAUCCUCCAUCGGUGGAUGUAUGGAGUUUAGGAAUUUUAGCUUAUUAAAUGAUUUGCGGAUAUCCACCAUUUGGAGGAAGUACAAUUCAAUCUAUUAAGUAAUAAAUUAAAAAAAUGGCUGCUUAAUAUAAUAAUUUCUAAUUCGAUAGAGUAUCAAAGUCAUGUGUAUAAUUGAUUAAGAAGAUACUGGUUCCAUUUAAAUCAAGAAUCUCAUUGUCAACAUUAAUGAAUGAUUAAUGGUUUAAAUUAAGAAGCAUAUAAAAUGACUCAAAUAUUAUUAAGAAAUUACAAUAAAAUAAAGUCAAAAUUUCACCUCUUUAGCAAUUAUUCUUAACAUUUAUGAUUAAAAACUUUUGUUCUGCUGAUCAAUAAUAACUUCAUGCUGAAUUUUUAUUAUUAGAUGAAAAUCAAGACGGAUAGUUAUCUAAAUAAGAACUACUUAAAGUUUAUUCUAAUAGAUUUGAUACAAAUUCUGAAGCUAUACUUUUUAUAGAUAAUAUAUUUAAAAUUGCAGAUAUAGAUAAGAGUGGAACUAUUGAUUUCGGAGAAUUCAUUGUAGCUAUUACUGAUAAAUCAGGUCUACUCACAGAAGAUAAUCUCAAAAUGGCUUUUAAAACUUUAGCUGCUAGUAAUGGAAAACUAACAAGAUAAGCUUUAAGAUACCAUUUUAAUUUAACUAUACAAAAAAUUGAUAAAUUAUUUGCUGAUCAUAAUUUAGAUGUCAAUGUAAUAAUUUAUUUUAAUUAUAGAAUGUGGGAUAUUCUGAAUUUGAAAAAUUGAUGAAGCAGAUGUUAUGA